UUUUGGUGUUCAUUCGUUGCUGCGCGAGGACUGGUGCGUUCUUUCGAAGCCCAGCAUAAAAACGUGAGAUCACCGUCCGUCUUUAACGGCUAGUGUGCGUACGUAAAUACAGCCUCACCUGGAGCAAUCUUCGAUACACCCACUCGGGGGAGGACAAAAAGGGGGCGAUAUUUUAGGAAUUAAAUGCAACAUUAAGUGCGUAGGUGAUACGUUUACUGUGAAACCAUGAAUUUGUGCUUUUUCGUAUGAAAGAAGUGUCCUCUGUGCAAAAUUUAUGCAUGAUUGGAUUUAGCCACCGUUUACGGGUGUUCUCUCGCGAGUGAUCCGUGCGUGAUAAAGCAUUCAGUGGUUUGCAAGUGGUUGAAAAGGUGCGGAAAAUAGUGCGCGAGUUCUAAUACAAAAAUGACGUCACGGCGAUUCCGGAUUCGGUGCAUAAUAGUUCGCUUACAGUAAAUUCACUGCAAAGCGACUAAUCGAGAUAAGAAAACCAUUCAUAGCGAAAGUUAGUGCCGUGCGGUCAUCAUCGUGUCGCAUUCGUCGAUAUCAGCAUUGGGCGGCCAUAUCAUAUUGCGUGUAUGCCGGCGGGUUAAAUCAAUGAGGCAGGUGUUACUAGCUCAGAUUGGUGCUGCUCGUGCUCUGAAUCAAUUGGUUUGAUGAGAUAGUGUGUGAAAAAAGCAUUGCCAAAAGCAUCGUUAAUCGCGUGUGUUGCGAGUGUGCGUGGAAAUAGUAAAAAUACACAAAAGUACAACAGAUAGUUGGGAAAAAAAGUCUGUGCGAAAUUCGUUGUGCACAUUCUUGCGCUCGUGCUUCGUUUUGUUUUCCACCUUGCUGCUGGUGAAAUAAAUGCCGAAAUGUUGAUUAUUGAAUCAUUGUGUCACAUAAAUAAUUAUCCAUGAAAAAUCAAUCGUGUGCCGUGCCGGCUAUUUGUGUAUUGUAUCGGGGUGGAUACGAUCAGGGCCGUGUUUUCUCUAGAGCGGUGUCUGUUUGCAGCAGCAAAGAAUAAACCGGAAUUAUUUUACUCACCCGUGGCUCGGUGGCAGUGCAUGCAGGUACGGAGGCAGCGGCAGUGUGCAGCACAUUUCGGCGGUACCGCGAUGAUGGUGUGUUGAUGCUUUUUUAUGUGUGGCAUCAACCAUUUUCGAACCAAUUAUCGCGGGCAAAUUUAAAAAAUUGAUCAACUCUUGCCUCCGCUUGCCCUUCAUUUCCCGCCGUGGCCGAGGAGUCCCUUGGCCAACAGGACAUAAGGGAGUGAAGGUGGGAUUGGGGAAAAACGUACAAUAAAUACAUAAAAAAACCAUCGAGCGCAAUCAGCAAGGGAAACGCCAGCAGCAUACGCAUUGUGAUACGUCGAUGCAAGGUGUGGAUAAUCGGAAACAACAAUGAACUGCUUCCGCAGAAACUUGGUCACUAUACAAGCGGUGGCAUUUUCGGUGACGCUGUCAGCGCUGCUCACGCUCGUCACCGUCGUGGCCGCGGACGAAAUCCGGGACACACGCGAAGGCGAAACGGUCACGUUAAAAUGUCGCUUCAGCGAGCAGUCGGCGGCGAGCGAUUUCUCCUACUACUGGGCACGCUCCACCGGCAACAAAUUCGACAAUGUUGCUAUCAAGGGUGUCCAGCUUAACACAAACUACAGGAUUGACUUUCGACCAGAGCAGGGUAUAUACGAUCUUACCAUUAUGAACACAUCAUACAGCCGGGACAAUGGGCGGUUUGAGUGCCGCGUGAAAGCGAGCGGCACGGGUGCGGACGUUCACCAGGAGUAUUACAACCUGACUGUUCUCACACCACCACAGCCACCCUUUGUCGAGCCGGUCGAGCUGCGGGCAACCGAGGACGAAAAGUUUGAUCUGACCUGCAGUAGCAUCGGUGGCUCACCGGAUCCAACCAUCACGUGGUACCGAGUGGGUUCGGAAAAGCCGCUCAAGUCGACCAUUACCAAGGGUGGAUCGAAAGAUCUGCGCACCUCCAGCACCCUAUCGAUCGUUCCUCGCCGGGAGGACGAUGGGGCAAAGUUCCGCUGCGUCGUCUGGAAUCGUGCCAUGUCGGAGAAGGACAAGCUGGAAACGACAGUCACCUUGUCCGUGAACUAUUUUCCACGAGUGAAGGUGGGCCCGGAAAACCCACUACGCGUCGAGCGGGACAGCACUGCCGUGCUGGAGUGUGCCGUAGACUCGAAACCGAAGGUACCGAACGUACGGUGGACACGGAACGGGCGAAUCAUCAGUUCGUCGCACUCACACCCGAUUCAGCGUGUGUCGGUGCAGGAUGCGGGCAACUAUGCCUGUGCCGCGGACAAUGGGCUGGGCAAGAUCGGCGAGCAGAUCAUUACGCUAGACGUGCUGUACGCACCGAUUGUCGUGAUCGAGUCGAAAACGUGGGAAGCGGAAGAGCGUUCCACUGUGACGAUUCGGUGCAAUGUCACCUCCAACCCGCCGCCAGUAUCGAUCGAAUGGUUCAAGGAGGGCAGCCCGGACUUCCGGUACGCCGGUGACAUCCUGCAACUGAGGGACGUUAAGGCGGAACAUGCGGGACGGUACGUUUGUCGGGCGGUCAACAUGAUGAAGCCAUACAAUGGCAAGAUCGUCGAACGGGUGGGCAACUCCACCGUUGCCCUGCUGGUGCGUCAUCGACCUGGCCAAGCAUACAUCAAUCCGAGCAAACCGAUCGUCCAUGUUGGUAACGGUGUGACGCUGACCUGCUCGGCGAACCCACCCGGCUGGCCCGUCCCGCAGUUCCGCUGGUUUAAGGAUGCAGUCGGAGAGCAGCAAACGCCGAAAACCAUUUUGGCUCAAGGAACUCAGUACGUCAUACCCCGGGCACAUCUCGGCAGUGAGGGAAGCUACCACUGUCACGCCGUCAACGAGAUGGGCUCCGGUCCGAUGGCCACAAUCAACCUGGAAGUGCACCAACCUCCCCAGUUCAUUGGCAAAAUGCAACAGCACAUGACGAAGCGUAUCGGCGAUACGGACUUCUCAGCCACGUGCCAUGCGAAGGGUAAGCCGCGGCCGAUGGUACGUUGGUUAAAGGAUGGCCGUGACAUCACAACCGAUGCCAACAUGUACCGCAUCAGCACGAACAACAACGACGGUCUCAGCGGUAUGGUGACGGUGCAGAGCACGCUGCUCUUCCAGGGAAAAGCCCGUCCCCACAAAAAUCAACUACUGCCAAGCGAUCGGGGCACCUACACGUGUCUCUUUGAGAACGAGGUCAGUACGGCUAACGCCAGCAUGAACCUGCGCAUCGAGCACGGUCCAAUCGUGCUGCACCAGUACAACAAGGUGGCGUACGAAAUCAACGAGAAUGCUGCCGUCAUGUGCAGGGUGCAGGCGUAUCCAAAACCCGAGUUCCAAUGGCAGCUGGGUACCAAUACGGCCGCCCUGUCGAUGUCCGCUGAUGAGCACUACGAGAUCAACACCACCACCGACAACAACGACAUUUACACAAGCGUCCUUCGCAUCAACCGGGUGAAGCACGAAGAUUACGGAGAUUAUACCUGUCGAGUUGGAAACUCGAUCGAAACGAUCCGGGCACCGAUCCGGCUACAACCGAAAGGACCGCCGGAAAAACCGACCAAUCUCGGGGUGGCCGACGUUGGUUCCAACUACGUGUCGCUUGUGUGGGAUCCGGGCUUUGAUGGUGGCAUUACCAAUACGAAAUUCUUCGUAUCUUACCGCAAGGUCGCGAUCCCGCACCACGACCAGGUGAAGGAGGACUGCGGCAUUGUGCAGCAGGUCAGCUCGGAAUGGAUGGAGUACGACUGUCAGCGUGAUGUACCGUGCAGCGUAACGCCACUGGAUCAGUACCAGAGCUACGUUUUCAAGGUGAAGGCGAUCAACAGCAAGGGCAAUUCGGAACCCUCGAACGAAGUAGCGACCACGACAAAGAUCAGCAAGAUCCCCGUACCGCUGCACGUUGGUUUCGAUCCCGAUACGAAACAGCUUGGCCUAAACAUCGGAGCCACCUGUCUGGCACUGAUUGCGGUGGUGGAGACCAUCGGUUUUCACGAAAGUCCGAUAGCCACCUGGCAAGUGGUACAAUCGAUACCGCUAGCAGUGUCCGGCAAUGGACCGACGUACAAGGAGCAGGUGCUAGAAAAUAUGUACUCCGCCCGACGUUCGAGUGGACGAUCGAUGGCCAGCGAUGAUGAUUUCCCGAUGGCUCUGGAGGAGGAAAUCCCUCCAAAGGUGCGCGUAAAGCUGUGUCUAAAGUCAAGCCACGAGUACUGCGGGGAUUAUAUGGAUGCUGAAAUUGGUCCUGCCCUCAUACACGAUUCCGCUUUCAUAGCAACUCCGACGCUGAUCGCGAUCGUGGUUUCGUGCGUAGUCUUUGCCCUGUUCGUGGGUCUCAUGCUAAUGUUCUGCCGCUGCAAACGCAAUCAAACGAAGAAAUCGAACCAAACUAAAGACUACGAGAUGGACUCGGUAAGACCGUCCAUAGUGGCACAGCAAAGCCAGGCACCGCCGCCCUACUAUCCAACGACUACCGGCCUGGACAACAAGGCGCUGGAGCACUCGAUGGAUUUAGCCUUGCAACUCGAAGACCAGAAAACAUCCGUCUACGCAACGCACAACGGGUACGGCUAUCACACCGGAACGGGCAUACAAGUGGCUGGCCAUAGUCUACCGGCCAACGAAUGGGUCACGAUGGGUUACACGGAAAACAGUUACACCAACUCAAACAACGGAGGCAGCGUCAAUUCACAGGAUUCCAUCUGGCAGAUGAAGGGAGCACCGCCACCAUCAACCGCUGGCCACCAUCCCGCAACGAUGGCCGCCAUCGGCAUCCAGCCACUCUCGAUGGGCAGCUUGCAGCACGGUGGCUCGGCGUAUGCUACCACCACCACCACCACUACCGCUGCGGCGGCUGCGGCCGGUUCGAGUACGCCCGGUCUGGCCUAUGGGUACGAUCCGAUAGCGACGCACUCGAACGUGUACGGCGGCGCGAUGACGAUAGGGGGUGACGAGUACAGUCAAUAUCCCCACCAGGCGGCCACACCCAGCCAGCACGGUGGCGAAGACGACUACCUACACCAUCAUCACCAUCAUGCGGUGGCAGCAAUGCGCCAAAGCCAGAAUCCCUCCCGGCAGCAGGAGUACUGCGGCGAUUCCUACGCGUCUGUACAUAAAGCAAAGAAACGAUUAGACCAGCCAUCGCAUUUCGACUCAUCAUAUCACGACGUUAGCGGUUUGCCCGAUCCGUAUCUGGAUCAGCAGCAGCAGCAGCAGCAACAGCAACAGCCACAACAUCAGCUGCAUCAGCUAGAUCAGGAGGACAGCAAAUCACUGCUACAGCUAAACCACCCGCAAGACCACGGCAGCUUACACCUGCACGCGCAGCAACAGCAACAGCAACCGCAACCAAUCUACGAGGACAACCUGGAGAGCGGCUACUCGACACCGAACUCGCGGAAUCGUCGCGUCAUACGGGAGAUAAUUGUCUGAGAACAGCCCCGGGUACGGUUCGCGGAUAGCGGAUCGUGCCUGUAAGCUGGAGGUGUGAUUCCAUCCAUUUCCGGUUUUUCUUUCUCGCUAAACAAAUCAUCCACACACAUACACACACACAAACACGCGCAGACACUCACAGAUAUGCAAACAAACAAAGUCGUCCGAUCCUCGCCCAUGUGCAUCCACUGUGUGUGCGUGCAAUCGUGUGCAAUCGAUAGUUGGAUGGCCAAACAACCGGGACGGGGAGCGAGUGUUACCGUGCAACGGGCGGAUAAAAACAUGAUGCCGCAAAAUCGCUCAAUUCAAAGAGGACGAUUUGCAUAAAUUGAUCGGGACUACCAGCUACCGUAGCCUCCAUUUCCUCGUCCCGCAGCGGCAACGGUUCCGUACCCUUUCGGAACAAUUUAGCGUAUAUCAAUUAAAAGCCAGGCAGCAGCAUCAUGCGUGCAUGUAUGUGCGGGGGUGUGUGUGUGUGUGUGUGUGUGUGUGUGUGUGUGUGUGUGUGUGUGUGUGUGUGUGUGUGUGUGUGUGUGAGAGAGAGAGAGAGAUUCGUAAUCGUUCUACAAAUUAGGGAAAAGGGGGGAGGUAUGCCACCACUGAACUGAACCUGCUAUGGGAUGGUCUCUUUUUUAUGCCAUCGGCAACGACAGCUAAUCGCGCUGCGUUCGAUGCGAAAUUAUGGAUGUGUAUCUCUCGACUCAUUAUUGCUUCAUCGGUGGCCAAGCUGUGCACGGAUGCGAUAGGGGCGACAAUUGUUUGUCAGCCCGGCUCAGACCGCAGGGAUUCCCGAUAAAAACAAGCAAACUACUACAACAAAAACCAACCCAAAACCACCACACACUACUGCUACACACAUUGCGGUUGGGCCAGCAGUUUGUUACAGUUUGCGUAGCUAAUUGUUUUAGUUUGACACAUUAAUUUAAGUGCUUCUAUUCUGGCCGACGUGUAAUCAGUCUAACUGACCCAAAAUGCACCGCACGUGUGUGUGUGUGUACGUUGCUUGGUUGUGUGUUUUUUAUGUUUGUUUGUUUUUUUUUUAUAUUGCUCUUCCUUACGCAUUACAUGUAGCGUAAAACAUGCCGAUUAAAUUACGUUCUAUUGCUGCUAAGGGGAAGGGAACGGCAACACACAAUUGGUAUAAGCUUUUGCGACCACAAAAUGACUGAUGCUACCCCGGCAUCCCGACUGAAAUUAACUACUCAAUGUGGGAAACUUGCAACAUGACAAAGAAACAACUCUCUAACGAGCGUUGUAUGCGUUGCGGACAACAUGACAUUAUUAUCCUGCCGACCAGUGUGUGUGUGUGUAUGUGUGUGGUCCAGCCCUGGCCAACCCCGUUCUGCCCAUUCACUAGUGGAUAUUCGUAUUUUUAUAUGUUUCUAUACCAAUGAUUAGGAUUAGGUUUCGAUGUUAUUUUGUUUAAAUCUUCCUAUUUAGGUAGCUAACACCCGCCGCUUGCCAUCUCGCUCGGCCAAUCGACCAGCAUAAUUACACAAAUACAUAUACACACCAAGGCCGUCGUCGGCGUACUCGAAAGGGAGCUGUAAGGUUCACAUUGGGGGGGGUUCACAAUUACACUACAGCUGCUAGUGCAUAUGCUAAAAAAGUAUGUAAGGCAACGAGCGUACGUGCAUGUAAAUGCAUUCACACAUAUAUUAUGCCACACACACUUACGCGUACACACAUACUCACUUAGAUCACUAACGUGUAGAAGAAAAAUAUGUGUCCUUAAAACCGAGCGCGUCCCUACUGAUGAUGCUGAUCGUAGCUUUACACUGCUACACGUGUUGCCCAUGUGGAACGAUCCUUUGCGAACGAUCAGCCGAUUGUGCUGCUGUACAGAGACAAAAGGGUUACUAAUCAUUGUGCAAUCCACCCCCUCGCAACCAUCUUCUCUUAUAUGUGUUGUGUGUACACUGAACUUAUGUUUGAUUUUCUGUCUCUACACAAGUGUACGACGGUAAGCGAUAAUGAUUUGCAUGUGAGCGCCUGUGUGUACAUGUGUAUUGAAAGGGGGAGAAGGCAUUAAGUAUGCUAUUGUGCUUCUAAGUGAACGAUCACUGAAUGCACAAGUGCACAAACAAAAAUAAGUGGAUAUUCGAAUUUAAACUAACGAUGGAAUCCGUUGCAAACACACUCAACCAUAUACAUACUACACAUUAGCGCGUAUCAUGGAGAAAGCAUUUGAAAGUAUGCAAGUAACAUCAUUGUUCACAUCAAUCUACAAAGCGGCAACUUAGUCCUACAUACAACUACAACUGCACAAAACACGUCCCACAUUACUACGGUGAGUGAGGCAUAAUUCAAAGCCGCCCUUUAAACCGCACUCACCAAUAUCGGAUCCCGAUCGCAACUAGAUCAACGUAGUUACAUUAGCUCAUUGACAACCACACGACUGUAGCAACAAUCACCGAGAGCAGACCUGUGACCCAAUCUGUAUCGCUUUCUGCCAAACUGGUCCGUUUCUGUGCUUUUUUUAGUUUCGAUAUCAAUUGUAUAGACGAUCAGUCAGUGUCCUCUACGCCCUUUCUUUUGAUCACUAUGGAACAGGUCAAUGUGGGUUGUGCAAAAUACAUUUCUGGCUAUGUACGCUAUGCUGCAUGUGUGUGUGUGUAUGUCUGUUUGUGUGAUGCAUGUACGCGUGUGUGUAUGUGUGUGCGAAUGUAAGAGUAUGCGUGUGUUGUAUAGGAAAUAUCGAAUUUAUCUACGCGAACGCGAAACUUAUUAAACGUGCUAUAAUGAACACACAAAAAUGCAGACAUCGGAAAGCAAAAACAAAUGUGUAUUGAAUUUAAACGCAUCGGAAUUUAUACGAUUAAAAAUCACAAACUCCCUCCUCCUCCUCUUCAUAGUACACAAACACUCCCUCACACACACUGAACUUUGAUAAGGAUACGUGAAUUUGAAUCACAAAUAUUAGUUGGCAUGUGAACACACAAAAGAUGCAUUUUGAUUUGAUGCUUCAUACUCUACAAUUCCAGCAAAGGUACGAAAAUUAUAGAAUUAAUUUUCUUUAAAGCCUUCUCACCCAAAGUUUGAUAAGUGCGCAUUUGUUAACAGAAAGUUUUGUGACCAUUAAUCAUGUUAAACAUUUCAAAGAGUUUAUGUUGUAAAACAGUGGA